AUUUUUCUUCCUCUUGAAUGCACGAAAUGUCGUGGGGGAUAUGAACUCGCUGGAUUUUUUUUGCCCGAGUAAUUUUGGAAUCACUUGAAGGUCAAGACUUGAGCGUUCUGACUUGCACACGUGUGACUUCACCGCCACUUCCCAAUCUAACCCUCCCAUCGUCACUGUCACAGCAGGUGAGGAAAAAAAGGGCUGCCCGCCGUUAAUAUGACGCUGCCUCUCCGUCGUGCAGGGAUGUCGUCCCCCGGGAACCUCUCGGAAGAGCAGGUACAUUGCUCCAUCUGCCUGGAUGUCUUCACCGAUCCCGUGUCCAUCCCUUGCGGUCACAACUUCUGCCAGGCUUGCAUCCUGGGAUACUGGAAGAGCAGCCCGCUAUACCAGUGUCCCAUGUGCAAGAAGUCCUUCUACAAGAGGCCGGACACAAGCGUCAAUACCGUCCUGAGGGAGAUUGCUGAGCAGUUCAAGGAGAUGCGGCUGAAGAGUGCGCCGGGGAAGGCCGUAAAAGGGAAUAGGUGGACCAUGGAAAGGCGCGGGGAAGAGGACAAGGUGCGGCUUUUGGAGGACAACCGUGACGAGGAGAUGAAGCUCAAGGGGAAGGACUACAGCAGAACCGAGGAAAGACACGGAUCAAAUAGACUUCUGGAGGAGCCAACCGAAACUCCACCGCCGGCGUCUACGUCUCCAGCUUCUCCUUCCUGGAAGGAGGUCCUCUGUGAUGUUUGCCUCGGCGGAGGUCGUCCCAAAGCCGUGAAGUCCUGCCUGGUGUGCCUGACCUCCUUCUGCGAGGAGCACCUCAAGUCGCACGCCAGCAGGUUCACCAAACACAAGCUGAUGGAACCCGUGGCCAACAUGGAGGACCGCAUGUGCCCCAAGCACCAGCGCCUCCUGGAGCUUUUCUGCAAGAAGGACCAGACGUGUGUGUGUGUCCUGUGCACGGAGACGGACCACCGCGCACACUACACCGUCCCCGUGGAAAGGGAAUGGACCGAGAAAAGGGCACAGUUGAAAAAGGUCCAAGUGGACGUGCAGCAGUUGAUCCAGGACAGAGUAAGGAAAGUGGAGGAGAUCAAACGCUCAGUCGAGCUCAGCGACGCCAGCGCGAAGAGAGAGACGGAGGACAGCAUCCAGGUCUUCUGCGAGCUGGUGCGCUCCAUCCAGAAGACUCAGGCCGACGUGGUGGCAGCCAUCGAGGAGAAACAGAGGCGAAUCGAGAGCCAAGCGCAUGAUCUGGUCGCUGAACUGGAAAGGGAGAUCGAUGAGCUGAGGAGGCGGGGCGUUGACCUGGAGAACAUGGACAGGACCGACCACAUUCACUUCUUGAAGAACUUUCCGGCGAUGAGCGCUGCCCCGUCCAUCCACGACUGGACCCACACAAACGUCCCCACCGAUGUUAGCGUCGGCUUGAUCAGGACGGCCGUGUCCAAACUGGAAAGCACUCUCAAGCAAAUGGUGGACAGGCUGGCGGACAGAGAGAUCGAGAAGGUCCUGAAGUACACAGAGGACGUGACUUUGGACCCGGAUACCGCCAACCCGUGGCUGCAGCUCUCCCAGGACAGGCGGCAGGUGCGUCACCUGGGGGCGUGGCAAGAUCUCCCGGACCACCCUGACCGAUUCGACACGGUGGUCAUCGUCCUGGGCCGAGAGGGCUUCACCUCCGGCAGACAUUACUGGGAAGUCCAGGUCGGCGAGAAGGAUGACUGGUACCUGGGCGUGGCCAAGUCGUCCGUCAAGAGGAAAGGCCGCAUCUCGGUGAGCAGCGCCAACGGGUACUGGGCCCUCGCCAUGAAGAAGGGCCAAGGGUACCGCGUGUCCACCGUGCCGCCGCUCUCACUGGCGCUCAACCCCAAACCCAAAACGGUGGGAGUGUACGUGGACUGCGAGGAGGGCCAAAUAUCCUUCUAUGACGUCCGGGCUCGCACCCACCUUUACACUUUCACUGACAGGUUGUCAGAAAAGAUCCUUCCGUUUUUCUACUUGUACUGUUGUGACAAAGCCUCCGACACCAUCGUCAUAUGUCCCGUUGCGGAGAAAGCCCUCAUUCAGCAAAGCUAAAAAGACAUGAAAAAAAAAAUACCCUCACUCUCUUAAGUAAAAGUACUUUGUGAUAUAGUACUUUGUGAUUUAAAAAUAAAACUGCGGUAGAAGUAAUACCGACUCAAUUACAAUGUAUGCAUUGAUAACUUGGCAUCACGGGAAAAAAAAAAAAUACAAAGUUUCCCUUUCUAUGAACUUGUAGUGCAUUUGUAUUGAGAAGAGCAAUUUUGUUUUAUUGCCGUCGAGUUCGCCUUUCCCGACGGACACAAAAGUCCAAUAUAUGAUUCGAAAAAGCUCCGAGCGUUAUCUUGUUGGUUUUAUUUUACACGGUGACCUUUAUCUCCUUUUUGAGGAAAUAGUUGUCACCACACACACAUACAGAGCUUGGACAUAAAAAGUCUACACACCCCUGUUCAAAUAUUUUUGUGAUAUAUGAAAAUGAGAGCAAGGUAAACUCUUAUGAAAGCAUGACUACGCUUACUUAGGAAGGUUUCGGCAGCGCAGGAUUGUGCUGUAAUAUGUGACAAAAAAGAAAAAAAUAGGCAGGGAAAGACUACUAAAACAGCUGAAGUUGAUUGAGUUAUGAGUGUGGGCGUGUUAUUGUCUUUACAGAGUACCAAAUCAUUCUUUCCCCCAUUGCAUGCUGUCCAUUAUAUGUGGAAAUAAAUACAAGUAGGACUGUU